AUGUUGGAUGUAUAUGAUGAGCCACCUGCAGACUCAGUAGGAACUAUUAGAGAAUGGGCUGAUGAGCGCUCUAAUGGGAAGUUCGAUAUAGAUGAUGAGCCACCGGCAGACUCAGUAGAAACUAUUAGAGGAUGGGCUGAUGAGCGCUCUAAUGGGAAGUUGGAUAUAGAUGAUGAGCCACCGGCAGACUCAGUAGAAACUAUUAGAGAAUGGGCUGAGAGCGCUCUAAUGAGAAACUCAGUAGAAACUAUUAGAGAAUGGGCUGAUGAGCGCUCUAAUGAGAAGUUGGAUAUAGAUGAUGAACCACCACCAGACUCGGUAGAAACUAUUAGAGAAUGGGCUGAUGAGCGCUCUAAUGGGGAGUUGGAUAUAGAUGAUGAGCCACCGGCAGACUCAGUAGAAACUAUUAGAGAAUGGGCUGAUGAGCGCUCUAAUGGGGAGUUGGAUAUAGAUGAUGAGCCACCGGCAGACUCAUUGGAUAUAGAUGAUGACCCACCACGAGACUCAGUAGAAACUAUUAGACGAUGGCCUGAUGAGCGCUCUAAUGGGAAGUUGGAUAUAGAUGAUGAGCCAGCGGCAGACUCAGUAGAAACUAUUAGUGAAUGGGCUGAUGAGCGCUCUAAUGGGAAGUUGGAUAUAGAUGAUGAACCACCAGCAGACUCAAUAGAGACUAUUAGAGAAUGGGCUGAUGAGCGCUCUAUUGAGAAGUUGGAUUUAGAUAAUGAGCCACCGGCGGACUCAGUAGAAACUAUUAGAGAAUGGGCUGAUGAGCACUCUAAUGAGAAGUUGGAUAUAGAUGAUAAUCCACCAGCAGACUCAGUAGAAACUAUUAGAAAAUGGGCUGAUGAGCGCUCUAAUGAGGAGUUGGAUAUAGAUGAUGAGCCACCAGCAGACUCAGUAGAAACUAUUAGAGAAUGGGUUGAUGAGCGAUCUAAUGGGAAGUUGGAUAUAGAUGAUGAGCCAACGGCAGACUCAGUAGAAACUAUUAGAGAAUGGGCUGAUGAGCGCUCUAAUGGGAAGUUGGAUAUAGAUGAUGAGCCACCAGCAGACUCAUUUUAUAUAGAUGAUGAGCCACCGGCAGACUCAGUAGAAACUAUUAGAGAAUGGGCUGAUGAGCGCUCUAAUGGGAAGUUGGAUAUAGAUGAUGAGCCACCAGCAGACUCAGUAGAAACUAUUAGAGAAUGGGCUGAUGAGCGCUCUGAUGGGAAGUUGGAUACAGAUGAUGAGCCACCGGCAGACUCAGUAGAAACUAUUAGAGAAUGGGCUGAUGAGCGCUCUAAUGGGAAGUUGGAUAUAGAUGAUGAGCCACCGGCACACUCAGUAGAAACUAUUAGAGAAUGGGCUGAUGAGCGCUCUAAUGGGAAGUUGGAUAUAGAUGAUGAACCACCAGCAGACUCAGUAGAGACUAUUAGAGAAUGGGCUGAUGAGCGCUCUAAUGGGAAGUUGGAUAUAGAUAAUGAGCCACCGGCAGACUCAGUAGAAACUAUUAGAGUAUGGGCUGAUGAACGCUCUAAUGGGAAGUUGGAUUUAGAUUAUGAGCCACCAGCAGACUCAGUAGAAACUAUUAGAGAAUGGACUGAUGAGCGCUCUAAUGGGAAGUUGGAUAUAGAUGAUAAGCCACCGGCAGACUCAGUAGAAACUAUUAGAGAAUGGGCUGUUGAGCGCUCUAAUGGGAAGUUGGAUAUAGAUGAUGAGCCACCGGCAGACUCAGUAGAAACUAUCAGAGAAUGGGCUGAUGAGCGCUCUAAUGAGAAGUUGGAUAUAGAUAAUGAACCACCAGCAGACUCAGUAGAAACUAGUAGAGAAUGGGCUGAUGAGCGAUCUUAUGGGAAGUUGGAUAUAGAUGAUGAGCCACUGGCAGACUCAGUAAAAACUAUUAGGGAAUGGGCUGAUGAUCGCUCUAAUGGGAAGUUGGAUAUAGAUGAUGAGCCACCAGCAGACUCAGUAGAAACUAUUAGAGAAUGGGCUGAUGAGCGCUCUAAUGGGAAGUUGGAUAUAGAUGAUGAGCCACCAGCAGACUUAGUAGAAACCAUUAGAGAGCGGGCUGAUGAGCGCUCUAAUGGGAAGUUGGAUAUAGAUGAUGAGCCACCAGCAGACUCAUUGGAUAUAGAUGGUGAGCCGCCGGCAGUCUCAGUAGAAACUAUUAGAGAAUGGGCUGAUGAGCGCUCUAAUGGGAAGUUGGAUAUAGAUGAUGAGCCACCGGCAGACUCAGUAGAAACUAUUAGAGAAUGGGCUGAUGAGCGCUCUAAUGGGAAGUUGGAUAUAGAUGGUGAGCCACCGGCAGACUCAGUAGAAACUAUUAGAGAAUGGGCGGAUGAGCGCUCUAAUGGGAAGUUGUAUAUAGAUGAUGAGCCACCAGCAGACUCCGUAGAAACUAUUAGAGAAUGGGCUGAUGAGCGCUCUAAUGAGAAGUUGGAAAUAGAUGAUGAGCCACCACAAGACUCAGUAGAAACUAUUAGAGAAUGGGCUGAUGAGCGCUCUAAUGAGAAGUUGGAUAUAGAUGAUGAGCCACCGGCAGACUCGGUAGAAACCAUUAGAGAAUGGGCUGGUGAGUGCUCUAAUGAGAAGUUGGAUAUAGAUGAUGAGCCACCACCAGACUCAGUAGAAACUAUUAGAGAAUGGGCUGAUGAGCGCUCUAAUGGGAAGUUGGAUAUAGAUAAUGAGCCACCGGCAGACUCAGUAGAAACUAUUAGAGAAUGGGCUGAUGAGCACUCUAAUGAGAAGUUGGAUAUAGAUGAUGAGCCACCACCAGACUCAGUAGAAGCUAUUAGAGAAUGGGCUGAUGAGCGCUCUAAUGGGAAGUUGGAAAUAGAUGAUGGGCCACCGGCAGACUCAGUAGAAACUAUUAGAGAAUGGGCUGAUGAGCGCUCUAAUGAGAAGUUGGAUAUAGAUGAUGAGCCACCACCAGACUCAGUAGAAACUAUUAGAGGAUGGGCUGAUGAGCGCUCUAAUGAGAAGUUGGAUAUAGACUCAGUAGAAACUAUUAGAGAAUGGGCUGAUGAGCGCUCUAAUGAGAAGUUGGAUAUAGAUGAUGAGCCACCACCAGACUCGGUAGAAACUAUUAGAGAAUGGGCUGAUGAGCGCUCUAAUGGGAAGUUGGAUAUAGACGAUGAGCCACCGGCAGACUCAGUAGAAACUAUUAGAGAAUGGGCUGAUGAGCGCUCUAAUGGGAAGUUGGAUAUAGAUGAUGAGCCACUGGCAGACUCAGUUGAAACUAUUAGAGAAUGA